AUGUCUGAUGAUGGCGACGAUACCUUAGCCACUGGAGACAAAGCAGAAAUCACCAACAUGCCCAGUAGUGAUACCUUACCCAAAGAUGCAGAAGUGCACUGUGAUUCAGCUACGAUUUCAAAUGAGCUAAGGCCAGCUGACCCCAGAGGAGAUGUACGUGAAAAUGCGGCUGUUCAGGGUGCAGAGACUGCUGACACUGGACUCACUGAGCAGCCCAAAGACCCCGGUCCCGUGGAGCACCCCCCCAAUGGAGAAGUGACUGAGGAUGCCCUUGCUGAAUGCAUUGACUCCGUCAGCCUCGAGGCAGAACCUGGAUCCGAAAUACCCCUGAAAGAGCAGAGUAAUCCGGCCGUGGAUUCCUCUCCACAUGGAGGGGGCUGGGCAGGCUGGGGCUCCUGGGGCAAAUCUCUGCUCUCGUCAGCAUCUGCCACAGUAGGUCAUGGGUUGACAGCGGUCAAGGAAAAAGCAGGGGCCACCCUCCGGAUUCAUAGUGUGAAUUCUGGCUCUUCCGAAGGGGCCCAACCUGACACUGCAAAUGAAAUCCCUCAAAUAGCAGUUGCAGCCACAGAUCAGAGGCCUGCAGAAAGCCCACCCACUUCUCCUUCAUCGGGGUCUAGGGGCAUGCUGUCAGCCAUCACCAAUGCGGUUCAGAACACAGGUAAAAGCGUCUUAACAGGUGGUCUUGAUGCUCUGGAGUUCAUUGGCAAGAAAACUAUGAAUGUCCUUGCAGAAAGUGACCCAGGUUUUAAGCGGACCAAGACACUCAUGGAGAGAACCGUUUCCUUAUCUCAGAUGUUGCGGGAAGCCAAGGAGAAGGAGAAGCAGAGGCUGGCACAGCAGCUCACGGCCGAGAGGACCGCACACUACGGGAUGCUGUUUGAUGAGUAUCAGGGUUUGUCACACCUGGAAGCCCUGGAAAUUCUGUCCAAUGAGAGCGAAAGCAAGGUUCAGUCAUUUUUAGCAUCACUUGAUGGAGAGAAGCUGGAAGUCUUUAAAAAUGACCUAAUUUCCAUUAAAGACAUCUUUGCAGCCAAAGAAUUAGAGAAUGAAGAGAAUCAAGAAGUGCAAGGGAUAGAAGAAAAGGGAGAAGAAUUUGCUAGCAUGCUUACAGAGCUUCUCUUUGAAUUGCAUGUUGCGGCCACGCCUGACAAACUCAAUAAGGCCAUGAAAAAAGCUCAUGACUGGGUGGGAGAAGAUCAAACUGUGGUGCCAGUAGACAUGGCCGAAGAGUCAGAGGACAAAACAGAGAAGGAAGAAAAGGAAGAGAAACCUGAAAACCCCGAAGAAGACAAGAAGGAAGAAAGGAAAACUAAGACAGUCGAGGAAGCAUACAUGCAGUCCAUCGAAAGCCUGGCAGAAGUAACAGCUCGCUGUAUUGAGCAGCUUCAUAAAGUAGCAGAAUUAAUUCUUCAUGGACAAGAAGAGGAAAAACCAGCUCACGACCAAGCAAAAGUUCUGAUAAAAUUAACUACUGCAAUGUGCAAGGAAGUGGCCUCCUUAUCGGAGAAGUUUACAAAUUCUUUAACCACUGUUGGGAGCAACAAGAAGGCUGAGGUCCUUAACCCCAUGAUCAAUAGUGUAUUGUUAGAGGGCUCCAAUAGCACCACAUACAUACAGGACGCCUUCCAGCUGCUGCUGCCUGUCCUGCAGGUUUCACACAUCCAGACCAGUCGUUCCAAAGCACAGCCAUGA